AUGUUUGGUUGGCCAUCCAACGGUCUAAAUGAAAUUGAAAAACAAUACAUUAGCCAGAAAGACAGCUUGCACGUUGACCAGGGGUGUCUCGUGUGGGGAUACAGGAUUGUGAUUCCUAAAUCUUUACGUGAGAAGAUUUUAAGAGAAAUACACGACGGACACCCGGGCAUCGUGAAAAUGAAGCAAAUAGCCCGUAACUACGUGUGGUGGGAGAACCUGGAUGCCGACAUCGAGCGCGUGGCGCACGAAUGCUUGGCGUGCCGAUCGCAGAGGCCCGUGGCGCCGGUGGCGCCGCUGCACUCGUGGUCGUGGCCAACCCAGGUAUGGUCUCGUCUUCAUAUAGAUUUUUUAGGGCCAUUUUGUAGUGACUAUUAUUUGGUAGUUAUAGAUGCCCACUCGAAGUGGAUUGAAGUUGAAAAAGUAAAAACCACCUCAGCGCCUGUGAUAGUAGGGCAUCUAAGGAAAAUGUUUGCUCGAUUCGGUUUACCAAAAAGAAUAGUCAGCGAUAAUGGGCCUCCGUUUUCGUCUUCGGAAUUUGCCACAUAUUUGCUGCGUAACGGCAUAAAGCAUACGUUGAUAGCUCCGUAUCACCCGGCUAGUAACGGAGCCGCUGAAAAUGCAGUACGCUCAAUUAAACGCGUACUGAAAAAGGCGCAAUUUGAAAACGAAGACCCACAUGUCGCACUUAGUAGGUUUCUCUUCACCUAUAGAAAUUCGGAGCAAACAACAACCGGGCGAGAGCCCGCGGUCCUGAUGAUGGGCCGGCGGCUGCGUGGGCGGCUCGAUCUGCUGCGCCCGGACACCGAGGAGGCCGUGCGCGCCGCGCAGCUGACGCAUGAGCAGCGCCGCGAAGGCGCGCUACGGGUCGCUGACCCCGGAGACAAGGUAUUACUUAGAGAUUAUUCCAAGGCAGGGCGUAAGUGGCAGGAAGGGGUCGUGACAAAAAGAUCAAGUCCGGUGUCAUAUGAGGUAAGAACGAGCGAUGGGCGCACGCAUAAGCGUCAUGUUGACCAAAUUUUGACAGGCAGUAAAACAAAUAGCCUAAGGAAAUCGCGCCAUUCGCUCAGUCAGGUACCUGACGAGUCACCGGUAAGUCCUAACUGCCCUAAGACAACGUCGCACAGGCCUGUGGAAGACAUAGAUACAGAGGAGUUUUAUGAUAGUGUAGCGGCACACUCAGCUGACCCAGCAUCGCCGGGUGCACGCUCGGGCUCGCCCGCACAGGUACCGUCCGCGUCAGUGCCCGAUCGUAGUCCUCGUUUAAAGCGCAAAGCGGCUUUAAAAUGCCUAGAAAGGUUGCAUAAUGCCUAG